AUGAAAGAAGCCGAUCUGGGUGGUUCUCUUUGGAUCACGAUUUCAAAAUGCCUGGAUCGCUCAUCCGGGUCGGGUCAAGCCUUUCUCCCAGUUCUCCCGAUUGAUUUGCCUUGUAAGCCCGCUAACUCCUACGCCAUUCCCGAGGGAACUAAAGGAGCCAGAGCCUUAGAAGAGAAGACUGGAAAGUCGAAGUCAGCCAACCGUGGUGAAAAGGCGGCAAACACGGAUGAGAGGAACAUCAAUUCUCUCUUUCUUACUAUUGUUCUCAUGGACACGAGAUCUUUCUCGGCCAAUGAGUGUCAGAAGGUCUAG